AAAAUUGUCGAUCUGAGGUUCUAGUCCCUUCUGGCUUUCCGUUCUUCAGGCCCGGCUGACGAAGCUGAGGCCGCCAUAUUGAAUGAACGACCCGGCUUCAGAGGGGGUUGUUGUGGUCCGGAAGGUUUAGCCCCCGAACCCGAGCGGCUCCAGCGACAAGCAAUAUGCUAAGGAUACCUGUAAGAAGGGCCUUAAUGGGCCUUUCUAAGUCUCCCAAAGGAUGUGUUCGAACAACUGCCACAGCAGCAAGCAACUUGAUUGAAGUAUUUGUUGAUGGUCAGUCUGUCAUGGUGGAACCAGGAACAACUGUCCUCCAAGCUUGUGAGAAGGUUGGCAUGCAGAUCCCCCGAUUCUGUUAUCAUGAAAGAUUAUCUGUUGCUGGAAAUUGCAGAAUGUGCCUUGUUGAAAUUGAGAAAGCUCCUAAGGUUGUAGCUGCUUGUGCCAUGCCAGUAAUGAAAGGUUGGAAUAUCCUGACAAAUUCAGAAAAAUCCAAGAAAGCAAGAGAAGGCGUGAUGGAGUUCUUAUUAGCAAACCACCCACUGGACUGCCCUAUUUGUGACCAAGGAGGUGAAUGUGAUCUGCAAGACCAGUCCAUGAUGUUUGGAAAUGAUAGGAGCCGAUUUUUAGAAGGGAAGCGUGCUGUGGAGGACAAGAACAUUGGGCCAUUGGUAAAGACCAUCAUGACUAGAUGUAUACAGUGUACUCGCUGCAUUAGGUUCGCAAGUGAAAUUGCAGGAGUAGAUGAUUUGGGAACAACGGGCAGAGGAAAUGAUAUGCAAGUUGGUACAUACAUUGAAAAGAUGUUCAUGUCUGAACUGUCUGGGAAUAUCAUUGAUAUCUGCCCUGUAGGUGCCCUAACCUCUAAACCUUAUGCCUUUACUGCUCGGCCUUGGGAAACAAGAAAGACAGAAUCAAUUGAUGUCAUGGAUGCAGUUGGAAGUAAUAUUGUGGUUAGCACAAGAACUGGAGAAGUAAUGAGGAUUUUGCCACGUAUGCAUGAGGACAUUAAUGAAGAGUGGAUCUCUGAUAAAACCAGAUUUGCUUAUGAUGGGCUAAAACGUCAAAGACUUACGGAGCCGAUGGUCAGAAACGAAAAGGGUCUUUUAACCUAUACCUCCUGGGAGGAUGCACUCUCUCGUGUAGCUGGAAUGUUGCAGAGUUUUCAAGGCAAAGAUGUGGCAGCAAUUGCAGGUGGCUUGGUGGAUGCUGAAGCCCUAGUAGCUCUCAAAGAUUUGCUCAAUAGAGUGGACUCUGACACCUUAUGCACUGAAGAAGUCUUCCCCACCGCAGGAGCUGGCACAGAUUUGCGUUCCAAUUAUCUUCUUAAUACUACAAUUGCUGGAGUGGAAGAGGCAGAUGUUGUCCUUCUGGUUGGUACAAAUCCACGUUUUGAGGCACCACUAUUUAAUGCUAGAAUUCGAAAGAGUUGGCUUCAUAAUGAUCUAAAAGUGGCCCUUAUAGGUAGUCCAGUGGACCUCACUUACACAUAUGACCACCUGGGAGACUCCCCCCGAAUUCUUCAAGACAUUGCUUCUGGUAGCCAUUCAUUUAGCCAGGUCCUAAAGGAAGCUAAAAAACCAAUGGUGGUUUUAGGCAGUUCUGCACUCCAAAGAAGUGAUGGAGCGGCAAUUCUUGCAGCUGUUUCCAACAUCGCACAAAAGAUUCGGAUGACUAGUGGUGUUACUAGUGAUUGGAAAGUUAUGAACAUCCUUCAUAGGGUUGCGAAUCAAGUAGCUGCUUUGGACCUUGGCUAUAAAGCAGGGGUGGAAGCAAUUCGCAAGAACCCGCCUAAAGUACUGUUUCUCCUAGGAGCAGAUGGAGGUUGUAUCACACGACAGGAUUUGCCAAAGGAUUGUUUUAUUAUUUAUCAAGGACAUCAUGGUGACGUUGGAGCUCCCAUAGCUGAUGUCAUCUUCCCAGGAGCUGCUUACACAGAGAAAUCUGCUACUUAUGUCAAUAUGGAGGGCAGAGCUCAGCAGACUAAAGUAGCAGUGACACCUCCUGGCUUGGCAAGAGAAGAUUGGAAAAUUAUAAGAGCCCUUUCUGAGAUUGCAGGUAUAACUCUUCCAUAUGAUACUCUGGAUCAAGUGAGGAACAGAUUGGAGGAAGUCUCUCCUAAUCUUGUUCGAUAUGAUGAUGUUGAAGGGGCUAACUACUUUCAGCAGGCAAAUGAACUGUCCAAGCUAGUGAACCAGCAACUUCUUGCUGACCCACUUGUUCCACCUCAGCUAACCAUAAAAGACUUCUACAUGACAGAUGCCAUUAGCAGAGCCUCCCAGACAAUGGCCAAGUGUGUCAAAGCUGUCACAGAGGGUGCCCAGGCAGUAGAAGAGCCAUCCAUUUGCUGAAAUGUUUAUUAGGGAUUGGGUUUUGCUACAAAUAAUUAAUGUACAGUUAAAUUGGAGUGAUCUCUUAUAGGUUUAUCUCUUUUUAAAAACAAAAUCUGAAUAAUAUACUAUUUGAGAUUAUACUCUGCUUGUUUGAAAAUGAUAUUGCAGUUAUCAAAGAACUUCAUAGUUUCAAAA